AUGCCGAAAGUACGUAGAAGUAAGAAAUCACCACCAGAAGGAUGGGAACUAAUUGAACCAACUUUAGAAGAAUUGGAGUCAAAAAUGCGCGAAGCUGAAACUGAACCUCACGAAGGAAAAAGGAAACAAGAAUCAUUGUGGCCAAUUUUCAAAAUACACCAUCAAAAAUCAAGAUACAUCUAUGAUCUUUAUUAUCGGAGAAAAGCAAUUAGCAAAGAACUAUACGACUAUUGUUUGAAUGAAAAUAUUGCUGAUAAGAACCUUAUCGCCAAAUGGAAGAAAGUUGGCUACGAGAACUUGUGUUGUUUACGAUGCAUUCAAACAAGGGAUACUAACUUUGGUACGAAUUGUAUUUGCCGAGUACCAAAAGGCAAAUUAGAGGAAGGUAGGAUAGUAGAAUGCAUACAUUGUGGUUGCCGUGGAUGUUCAGUAUUGAUUUUACAGUUUUUUCUGUUUGGGACAACUAACUGA